AUGGAUAAUCCUGCGACACGACAACCAAUGAGUGAGUUGGAACUGCUGAGAAUGCAGAUGAAUGCAAAGACCGAUGAGACUCUUGAUUCAACAAGGAACAUGGUUCGUUUAUGUGAUGAGAGUACAAAAGUGGGUGCUCAGACACUAGGAAAGUUGGAGUCCCAAGGCCAACAAUUAAGAGGGAUCGAUUCGGAUAUGGAUAACAUUCGUGAAGAUCUACGCGAAGCACAACGUGACCUUGAUGAGAUCGAUAAGUGUUGUGGUUUAUGCGUUUUACCGUGGAGGAAAGUCAAACCAGAUUCGAAAACGCCGAAAUACCCAACGAGUGGGAAUGGUUAUCUAACUGGAGCUAGUAAUAAUUAUCAGGUUAACUCUUAUCAGCCACAGUCAGGAUUCCAAAUUCAGCAAAACCAACAAAAGAGUGGGCCUUUCAUCACCAGAAUCACCAAUGACGCUCGUGAAGACGAAAUGGAACAGAAUUUACAACAAGUUUCAGGGAUGGUAUCUCAACUGCAUUCUAUGGCUACUGAUAUGAAUCAAGAGAUAACAACACAUAAUCAGAUUCUUGAUCGAAUCGAUCAAAAAGCGCAGUAUAAUCAGUCACAAUUGGCGUUCGCUCAAAAGAGAGCUGAUAAAAUUUUAGGACAAUCAUCGAAACCGGACAGCAAAAGUAACAGUGUUUUACCAUCCAGUACAACUCUUACAGCCGCAAAAAUGAUGAUGAAAUAAUGAUAUUGAUACGGAUAAUAAUGAAAUUGAUGAUAAUAUUAAUCUCCAGGUGUGUGUUUUGGUUUUUGCCGUUAAAUCUGCUGAAUAUCCUUUCACGCACAUUCACCUAUACAUUUUUAUUUUAUAUUUAUUUAUUCAUUAUUGUUUCUUCUCUUAAAUUGACCUACUUUUCAGUGCCUUUGAAGCUAGGACUAUCGUUUGUCUCCACUUCUUGGUUUUUUUUUGAUAUCGUGAUUAUUCCUUUCUGUUUAUUGGCUUCUUUGUUUAUUUUAUAAAGAAUCAUAUCUCUGUUAUAAUUUUCUAUUUGUUUAUUUUUCUCGUACGUGUGUAUAUGUGUCUCUUACAACUACGAACAAUAUAAUCCUGUGCAAAAAGUUUGCAAUUUUCUUUUGGUGCCUUGUUAACAAUGCCUUUUUUCAAUUUCUCUAUUCAAAUUAGAGUUACACAGAUGAUGUUUUUUGCUCGUUUUUUUUUUGUUGUUGCAUGAUUUUGGUUUAUUUUUGUAAUAUUUUGUAACUGCUUCUUUCUUUCUUUUUCAUGGAGUAAAAAAACAUUUCACUGUAUUCUAACAACUGUCCACAAAUAAAUAACACCAUAUUGUUAAUUCUGUUGAAAAUGUCGUGUGUGUGUGUGUGUCCCCGCCCGUAAAACUCUACUCAUCAAAAUGUAUUAAGGAUUGUAAAAUUUACAUUUCAUUUGAAUGAUGAACCAUCUCUUUCAUUUUCUCAUUUGCUAAUGUUGACCAGUUACACAUAAAAUUGCACACAGCUACACUCACAUUUAUUUACUCUUGAACUAAAAUGUAAUAUCAAUCACUUUAUCUAUUGUAAACAUAAACUAACAACAAGAGUUAAUCCAAUUCUUUCUCCAGUCUGUUUUAGUUGAAUAUGAACGAUUGAUAUCUGCAUAGAUAAUAUGAAAGACUAAUUAUAAUUACUUAUUCCACAGGUUUAUUUUUUACUACUAAUAAUAAUUCUGUUUGCUUCAGUUCAUCACUGUUGCUAAUGGUACGACAAAGAAAAUCGAGAAAGAGAAAUUAUUAAAAUGAAAUUGUAAACAAAAGUGUAAUUAAAAUAAAAAUGGUUUAUUCAAAGUAUA